CUGUUAUCCGUAAUGCCUGAAAUAUGUCUGUAUCACGAGAGUCAAGGAUUUCAAGAUCAAGUCACGAUAGCUUAUCAUCGACUUAGAAGUGCUAGAAGUAUUGAAAAUCAGAUUAGCAGCCUUACUCAUGCAUAUUAUUUGGGAGCAAGGAUACAGACACUUAUCUCAGCAGAAAGACCUGUCAUACGAAGCAUUUUGACCGCAUAUUACCUUAAAGCCACGAUCUAG